ACCUAGAACAAAAGACAGAGAGUGCUGAUUCAGCUUCAAAAGCUCUGCAUUGACCUUCAAGAUUUUGCGAUCAUAGCAUCAUUAGCUCAUAGAUCUUAACAUCACAUUAACUGGGAAGAGAGUGAGUGCCUACUACCCAUCUAACAUGGGGUGGUCAGUUGAUUUGGUGGGAAACAGCUCAACUAACUCUUGCAGUAGAAAUCCUCUCCUGGACAUGAAUGAUAACAAGAUAGUGCAGCUAUUAGGACUGGCAGCAGCCGCCUGGGUGGCUCAACUUCUAUUGUUUCUGAUCAUGCGAUGCUGUGCACCAGACUACACUAGGGCUGGACUAGCCACCAGCAAACAGUGGAUAACAGCUAUGUACAACCGCCAGAAAGAAAAACUAGUUGGAUCGUUUGAUGCCAGAUCAAAAUCCUGGUCCACUCUGCUCUACGAAGACAAGCACUGGUAUACGUGGAUAGUAAACUUCUUCUGGAAAUUAAAGUUGUCAGACAUUCGUAGUCGCUGUGGACCAGACGCCAGCGUUUAUCUUAGGCUGGAGCUCUACCUGGUUCUUCUUCUCACUGUUGUCAGCUUUCUCUCACUGGGGGUGAUCCUGCCAAUUAACUACACUGCAGGAGGUCUGGGCAGCAGCAAAGACGUCUUCCCCAGGACCACCAUCAGCAACGUACCCUCAGAGUCAGGUGUUUUGUGGGUACACACGGCUUUCUCUCUGGUCUACCUCUGUCUGGCCGUUGUGUUCAUGGUGCACUUCUCUCUGAGACUCGGGAAGCUGCAGCAGGAUUAUUCCAACCACACAGUGAUGGUCGAAUGGAUUCCACCUCUCAUCCACCGAGAAGACCUCAUGCAGCACUUGCAGGAAGCCCUUCCCAACUCCCCAGUCAGUGAUAUCCAGAUGGCCUAUGACGUGACAGAAAUCAGCAACCUCUCAAACAAACUACAGAAAGUGACUGUGAGGAUGGAAGAGGUGGACAGUAUCCGCAGUGAAUUGGGCAUCAGGGAGACAGUGCAACUUGGCUGGAGGAAGCUCUUCUGUUGCACAGACAGAUUUGAGACUGAUGCUCGGGCAUAUUUAGAGGGAGAGUACAGUCAACUAAAGGCCAGUGUGAAGGCUGAGAAGAGGCGUGUCCGUAACCACAAGAAAAUGGGCAUUGCCUUCAUCACCUUUAAGAGAGAGCAGGAUGCAAGAGAUUUCUACACGUCGUACAAGCCUUGUAGACCCCGCCCCCACUCAUCGAUGUACAACAGUGUUAAUGCACGGUGGUGGUGGGUCAGCAUGGCUCCCUUUCCUCUGGACAUCAACUGGAGCAACCUCUCAAUGCCGUAUGUUAUCUGGUGGAUGAGGUGGCUGCUAAUCAAUAUUAUCUUGUUUGUGUUUCUGUUCUUCUUCACGACGCCCCCUGUGAUCAUUGCCAGUAUUGACGAGAUAAGAACUUACUUUGUCAACAUCUCCAACAACACAGAUAUCCCAGACCUCCACACAGCGUUUGGUGGAGAACUGGCCAAAAUCUCUGUCUCCACGCUUCUCCUCCUCCUCUGUUCCUCCCUCCUCCCCCUCAUUGUCUCCCGGACCAGCUACCUUGAGGCUCACUGGACCAUGUCAUUUCGCGAGCAGACCAUCAUGAGAAAGACGUACAUCUUCUUAGUGCUGAUGGUGAUUAUACUGCCCUCAAUUGGAAUGACCAGUCUGAGUGCGCUGGCGGAACUGGCACUGGACGGGGAGACAGCCAUUCAAUCUAGACUACAGUGUGUGUUCCUCCCCAACAACGGGGCUUUCUUUGUGAGUUAUGCAAUCAUCGCUGUGUUUGUGCGGACUGGACUGGACCUGCUGCGGAUACCAGAGCUCCUUGUGUACCUAGCAUGGAGGGCCAGAGCCAAGACCAGGAGACAGAGGGAGAAUGCUCUUAAUAAGGCAGCAAACUUCAACUUCCUGUACGGAGUCCACUAUGCCUGGAACCUGGUCUUGUUCAAUCUCAUCAUAUCUUUCAGUUUGACCACACCCCUCAUCACACCCAUUGGUGUAUUAUAUUUCCUGAUAAAGCACUACGUUGAUCGCUACAACAUCUAUUAUGUGUACAAGCCCGCCCCGUUUCAAGGUCGGCAGUUCAUCCACAGGUCGGCCAUCAACUUUGUCAUUGUAGGGGCGGUCCAUCUACAGCUGUUCACCCUUUUCUUCUCCAUUGUCAGAUUAGGUCGUUUGGACCCUCGAUCUGUACUGAUGAUGGUCACAUUCACUCUAACCUGUGUCUUAUGUAUUGGAACAAUGUUCUUUGGCUGGUUCAAACACUUGAUACCACAGCUGCAACUCAGGACAGGGAAAGAAUAUCGAGUGUUUGGUGAGACAAGAUCGGGUGGAGAUGAGGAAGAGAGCUGUGCAGAAGGGGAGGGUGGGGUGAUUGCAAAGGGCUCGUACAUUGCUCCCGUUCUGAGAGAUGGCCUACCCACUUUAUCAGCUGACAAUUCCAUUACUGGCUUUGGCUAUCAAUCCUUUGGCAGCACGGACCUCAUGGGGAGACGUAGCCCGUCUGUAGGCCCCUCCUCCUCUACAGGGGCUACAACUAGAGCGACGAAUCAGAUGUCAACACUUGAGAGAAGUGUGAAGGGGGGUAAGCAGAGAGGAGAGGCGGCAUUCGGUGAAGGAGCAAAGUAUCUUGUAUGACAAGAGAGUAUAGAUACGUGGGAACAAUAAUACUCGUUGUUUUUGUAUGUGUUUUGUACGUAUUAUUUUGUCAAAUCAGCAUCAAUUUGUGUCUGAACUGUUUAACACUGUAUAUGUAUCAUUUCUGUCGGUAAUCUAUCUUACAUUGUGCUUGCUCUAAUACCGUAUGUUAUAGCGGGACAUUUUUGUGUAGUGCAAAA